AUGAGACCAUUUCUUCUCCUUAUUCUACUCAUUGGAGUUGUUGCUGCAAUGAGAGAUCAAUCGAUUGCAGUCAAAGGAAAACUAAUUUGUGGUCCAAAACCAGCGAGUCAAGUACGAGUUAAACUGUGGGAAGAGGAUUCUGGACCGGAUCCAGAUGACCUUCUUGACCAAGGAUAUACUGAUGGAAAUGGAGAGUUCAAUUUGAAAGGAGGAACUGCCGAAUUGACCGAUAUUGACCCAGUUUUCAAAGUUUAUCACGCCUGCGAUGAUAGCAAACUGAAGCCAGGACUCCGCAAGAUUCGUUUCAAACUUCCAAAGUCAUACAUCACCAGUGGAAAAGUUCCAAAGAAGACAUUUGACAUCGGAACUCUUAAUUUGGAAACUAUUUUCGCAGAGGAAGAAAGAGAGAUCCUUCCAAAAUAA